UCCUUAUUUCAAGUACGAUUUCAUAAAUAAGACUUUCCUCAAUUCAAAGGAUCAUUCGAUGAGAAACAUUCAAUCCCGGUUGGUCAACUACAGAAUUUUGCGAUGAAGUUAAUCUUUCUUUUUCUUGCUGUUGCUUUGUUGUAUGAUAAAACAUCUGGGAUAGAAUUCUCCCUUGACGAUCCUCUGGAGGGCAGCUUUGUGGAGGACAUCUUCGGGGGAGACGGCUGUAAAUGUGAGGAGGACAAGUGCAGCUGCUGUAAAACGCUCAGCUUACCCAGAAUUCAGUUCUCUAAAACAGCUUGUAUUGCGCUGGAGUUCAACAACACCGAACAAGCUUUUCACGUCAAGUUUUCGCUUGAUGGAAGAGAGAUCUUCGACAAACCUGUUCAAGGAAAGAAUCCCAGACCUCUCUGUGCAAGUUUACCCCUCAUGAAACAUAUGGUCAGUAUCUGUAUUGAGCUGUCGGAUAUCAAAAUGGACGCCACUGGACUCAAAGGCUGCGUUAAUCUUGUUGCCACCGCCAUUCAGGAACACAAGUUCCAAAUCGGCUGCUUCAAAAUGCCGACAGCUUUUCUAAAAAAUCAUGCUGAAAUUUUGAUCUUUGAACGCGAAAUCAUGAUCAGAAACUAAUUUUAAUUUCAAGACAAAAUGUUGCGAUACAUUGUUUCAAAAGUGCAUUUGCAAACAAAUUUAAAGAUAAACUUGGACGAAGAUCUAGAAAACACUGUAAAUAUGAAACCUUGAUUUUUUUUUCAAUGUAAUCAAUGUACAUAAAUAAUACGUCUGGUUAGUACAUUUACACAAAUUUCAUCCAGGAAAGUAUUUAAGUGCUGAAUUUUAUGUAACUGAUAUAUCACAUUGUGAGAUCGAAAUGACUUUUUUUCCUUUUUUUAAAGAUAAUCACAUCAUUUUUUUAAAGAAAUAUGGAAAGUCAGUUGAACUUUUAAUGCUCGUACAUUGUAAAUAUAUUACACUUCUCAUUGCAUAUGUUCAUAUUUAUUAUUUUGUUAUAAAGUUUUUAAUAUGUCAAAAAUGAUCAAGAUGUGUUUUUGAAACACUUUGUUCCCGGCGGCAACAAAGUUCGAAAAAGCUAUUUCUAGCACUAGGGUCAAAGUCAAGGUCACAAGGUCAUUGACCUUGAUCACCGAUAGAACUUAAAUAGUGAAGUAUGCAUAUAAUAUGUAGUUCAAACGUUAUGGCAAAAGUUCGAAAAAGCUAUUUAUAGCAUAUAGGUCACAGUCAAGGUCACAAGGUCAUUGACCUUGGUGUAAUUUGAAAGAGCAUAAUAAGUGGAUCAUGCAUACCAAAUAUGAAAUCUGUAUCUCUCAAGGUUAAAAAGUUAUGGUAAAGGUUAAUGUUGACAACAGAGAGACAAACAGAUAAAUAGAGAAACUGACAGAUAGAGCAAAACCAAUAAUAUAAUACGCUCCGGAUCUAUCGAUCCGGGCGCAUAAAAAUAAUUCAUACUACUGUAUAUCUAAUAAAAACGUGCAAUUUAAUUGAAUAUUAAAAUGUGUUUUCUAUUUCAUUGAACACGUGUAUAUGUAUAUAAAUUUUACAGGCUUAGUUUUUGUUGAUAAUUUUCGUUUUAAAUUACUAAUAAAAAUUCUUAAAAAGACA